UACAAGCUGAUAAGUUCAGUGCCAAAUAACAAAUCGUAAUGUGCGGUUAUGAUAGAUCUGCCCGCAAUGGGCCGUUCCUUGUUCGCACUUUUGUCAUUCAAUCUCUCUUUCCUUUCUUUCUUUUUUUUUUUAAUUCAAUAGUUUUUCUUUAAAAAAAGAAAAGCAAAAAAAUAAAAGAAAAUUUCCCAGUGUAUGUAUGUGUACAAAAUAAAGGAAAUCUAUAAAGUUUUGAGAUUUUUCAUCAUGCUCCUAUAAUUCGAUUGGCGAGAAAAAAAAUUUAAAAAAAUAUCUAAUAUCAUUUCUUACGCAGAAAUAAAUGAUUGUGUGUGAUUAUUAUAUAUCCGUUUUUUGCGUUUGUCUUUUUGUGUCUUGUGAUUUCUCCAUCUGACAGUGUCUGCGAUAUUUGUGGAAAAUAAUAUGUAAUUAAAAUAAUUAUUCAAAUCGCACAUUAAGGAUUUUUUGUGUGUGUUUUUGUUGUUGCUUUGUCAAGAUCCCAGGAGGGGAUUUGAAAACGUUAAGUGCUUUGCAAGUACACAACACUUUCAGUGUCAGUGUGAAGUUUAAUAAAUGCGCGCAAUUAUUUAAAGCAUAUUUUUACAUCGACCGAGACGACCGACGCGACGUACAGUGGGGGGGUUCGGUUGGUGCGAUGGUAAUUAAUCCAUCUUAUGUAAUGAUAAAAAUGGAAUAAGGUUACUUGGUUACAACAACAACACAAAAAAAAGUGUACAUAAUAUCUAAAUAAUUAUAGAAAUGUUCAUACGUGCAUACAUAAGCAGUACGUUACAUUGGUGUAUGUAUAAAUGAUGUUUGUGUGUUCUUUUUCUUUUGGCGAAAUGUGCUUUCUUUCUUCGAUUCGUGUUUUUACUUAAACACGUUAUGUAAUAUCUUUUUGGAUAGUGAUACUCUUCGAUUUUCUUAUUCUUCUGUUUCCAGAACCAAUACAAAAAAUAAAACUAAACAAAGACAAAAAAAGAAUAAAAAGGAAUUUUAUUUGUUUCAUGCAUUGAAUGAGCAUUUUUGUAUUCCGAUGAACUGUGCACGACAUAAAUUAUAAUAUCUAAGAAUAUUGGAUGUCUUCGAAUUCGAAUACAGAAUCAAAUUAUUUCAACAACAAUGAAACUUAGUGUUAGCGCGUAUCGCGCACAUGCAUCCGCACACAAGAAAAUUCUAUCCAACAGUUAUCAUUCGCAACAUAACUACGGCAGUACAUCAGCAGCAUCUACAUCAACGCCAAAUAACUUUUUUACGAUGAAGACUUCACAGUGUGAUUCAAAUAGAGAUGACAGCGCUAUUGAAGAUAAUGUCAGUCCAACUUUUACAGUCGGCUCUCCUAACGAGCUAAACACAACCGAAAGUUCUCCCCCCAAAGAAGAUAACGACAGCAGCAACACUCUCAUUUCAUCCGACAAUAAAAGUCCGUGCCAGAGGAAAUCACAAGAUGCAGAUGGAAAUGCAGAUCCAGAUAGUGAUUGGAAUAAGUCGAAUCAACGAUGGAUGAAACUGCGGACCACAGUACAAAUAUCAUCAGCUAUUCAAAAGAAGCCACCACUUAAACGAGAGGAUUCCUUUCUUAAGAGAUUUUCUACACGUCAAAUACCUGAAACACAGGAAACCGUUGAAGACACUGGAUCUGAAAGCGCCUCAGGUGAUAUAAAUAAGAAAUCUAAAAGAAGACGUCGAUAUUUACAAAAACGACGAUCUGUUGUUAACCCUGACGAAAACUUUUAUUUUUACUGGCUCAUGGUGCUAACUGUAUCGGUUUUAUAUAAUUUGUGGACGUUAAUUGUGAGACAGAGUUUUCCAGAGCUGCAACAAGCAGUUCCACGGUUUUGGUUUUUGUGUGAUAUUCUUACAGAUGUUGUGUUUAUUUUAGAUGUUGUUGUACAAUUGCGCACAGGAUAUUUAGAACAAGGAUUGAUGGUUUACGACGAUAAAAAACUUGCUUGCCAUUACAUGCAGAACAGACAUUUUUACCUCGAUCUUGCAGCUCUAAUUCCAUUAGAUUUACUUCAGUUAAAAUUUGGAACGCAUCCAAUUUUACGUUUUACACGAUUUUUUAAAGUAUACCGUUCAAUAAAAUUUUAUUAUAUAGUUGAAAGUCGUACCGUUUGGCCGAAUUUGUGGCGGGUGGUUAAUUUAAUUCAUAUACUUUUGAUUCUUGCACAUUGGUUUGGUUGUUUUUAUUAUUUACUCUCGGAAGCUGAAGGAUUUCAAGGUGAUUGGGUUUAUCCUUAUCGACCAGGAGAUUACGCUACCUUAACACGAAAAUAUUUAGGAAGUGUUUAUUGGUCAACAUUGACGUUGACUACAAUCGGGGAUCUACCGACACCCGAAACAAAUGCUGAACCAUCAGACUCGGUGGACGGCCCAAGAUCUCUACCUAGACGUGGUAUUAAAUCGAGAUUACUUCAAUUUGGUUCAAAUUACGGAUAUCUUUUUACAAUAACAAGUUACUUAAUAGGUGUAUUUAUUUUUGCUACCAUCGUUGGACAAGUCGGUAAUGUGAUAACCAAUCGCAAUGCAAAUCGUCUGGAGUUCGAAAGACUUCUAGACGGAGCCAAGACGUAUAUGCGUCAUCAUAAAGUGCCUGGUGGCAUGAAACGACGGGUGUUACGAUGGUAUGAUUACAGUUGGUCGCGCGGUCGAAUUCAGGGCGGUGGCGACAUUAAUACAGCCUUGGGAUUACUGCCUGAUAAGCUGAAAACCGAAUUGGCCUUACAUGUUAAUCUAAGUGUUCUGAAAAAAGUAACUAUUUUCCAAGAGUGUCAGCCAGAGUUCCUACACGAUUUAGUACUUAAAAUGAAAGCGUAUAUUUUUACACCGGGUGACUCGAUAUGUCGCAAGGGCGAAGUAGCUAGAGAAAUGUUUAUCAUAGCCGAUGGCAUUCUAGAAGUCUUAAGUGAGACAGGCAAAGUUCUCACAACAAUGAAGGCUGGAGAUUUUUUCGGUGAAAUUGGGAUCCUUAAUCUUGAUGGAUUGAAUAAGCGAACUGCAGAUGUCCGAUCGGUGGGGUAUUCUGAGCUAUUUUCACUGUCCAGAGAGGAUGUGCUGGCUGCGAUGAAAGAUUAUCCUGAAGCACAGGAAAUUCUUCAGUCUCUGGGGAGAAAGCGUCUCAUGGAGGUUCGAUGUGUGAACAAACGGCACGCAAAAGCCCAAAGCGACAAGGAAGCAGCGGCAAAUCUGGCUCAACAACUCGCAGACGAAAAAAACCCCGCCCAUCAUCACCAUCACCACCAUCAUAACGGUGAAAGUGCUCCUAGGAGUAUGGUGGACAAAAUUCGACGUGAUGUCAAAGGAUUUAGGAGUGUGCUAAAAAAAUCAAGAGCAUUACGACGGAGCAACGAAUCCCUAGAGAUGCAACCUCUUCAUAGUGUUCCACCGAAGAAUGAAAAAUCUACCCUUAAACGAAUAUCAAGGGUUUACUCAGAUGAAAAUGAUCGACAUGAAGAUACUCCCCCUCCACUUCCACCAGAACAUCGUGAGAAAACACCAAGUCCUAUUGGUGCUGGUUUGCCUUUGUUACAGCGUCUUCGAUUGUUAAAGGAAAAACAGGAUCGCGAAGAGCGAGAAGUUAAGACCACACCACCACAGAAAUCUCCACCUCACUCAAAUGUAACAUCUACGUUGUCACCACAGGAAUCAAUACAGGAGGAACCUGAUCAGGAGUUAAUUGAGACUCCAAAGAUUCUGCAACGAUUGCAAAAAUUAAGGGCUAAAAAUGAAAUGAUGGCAAAUAAGGAGCCCUCGAUUAUGGAAUCCAGUGUAGCUACUGGCACGUUGCCGCUACAUGAGACAACAUCCUUGGGCUUACCAUCGCCAUCUCUUCAUCCGACGUUAGAUAUUACGCAGCUAUCACCGCGCUCAACAAAGCCUGAAAAUACAAUAACAACCAUUACAAGCAGUGAUCGAAGCACUGUUAAUAUAACUGCCCCAAAUCUAUCAACAAUAAAACCUUCUAUGAAAGUUUCAUUCAAACAAAGAAUCCAGCAGCUGCAAUCUGGUGUUACCGACCACAGUGUUGCUCCUGCAAGUAUUAAAACUACCGAAACACCUGCAAAGCCACUGCCCAUUAAUGACAGUCAUGAGCGAAACAAAAUGUCAAAAAUAAUACCAACAAUAUCCAAUAACAUUACGAAAGCAGCUUCUUCGAGUUUAACGCUAUGCGCUCAAAAAUUAGGCAAGCCGACAGCCUUCACAUCGGAUACCUCAAUUCGACCAUGGUCCAAGCUUAAAUUUGCCACACUUAUGCCAUCCAAUAGUUAUACGAGCUUAUCUAACUACGGCUCUGAACAUUACGAGUUAAAACCAAUAAGAAUAAGUUCAGCCGAAAGUAUAGCAACAGUGACCGGAGGAAGUGGUAACUUAUCAUCAACAACAUCACUGAAGCCUUCAGUUCAAACUUCUAAAAAGAAAAACCUUAAGUCUUUUAAAUUGAGAGUCAAGCCUAAGUUAUACAAUUCAGUUUUUGAUUUAUCUCCCGAAUACAGUGGCUUACCCUUCGUGAAGCGCCUUAAGAUACUCAAUGAGCGCCAAAAGCUAGCCGAACUUGAGACGGCUCUUCAGACGCGCAGCUUUAGCUUAGACAACUCGAAGAGCCAACCCGAAGAACCGUUUACCGCUGAACUUUUGUAUCGCAGUCACAGUGAUGCUUCGGCCAUUUAUUCACACUUAAUGCCUCCGGCUAAUUCAUUACUAUCAUCAUCAUCGUCAUUAUCACCAAAAGACAAACUAACGCUGUGCCUGCAAGAUUGUACACAACUUAGUCCAGAGUCCAAUGAAACAAUAGAACGGCGAAAGCUCAAGAGUAUUCUCAAGAAGCUUAGCAAAAGCAGUGAUGGAAGUCCACGGCCACGCCAAGAACAUCCUAGAGGGCUUCUAAGAGCGCCUACACUUGAAGGGUACGUGGCCAGACACAGCAAAUUACUGAAGAGUGUAACCUUCAAUUCGACUCUUUCUAGCCCACCACUUAGUGCCAACAGUGUAGUCGGCAGCUACACAAGUGCUGACGGCACUGCACAAUCUGUAUCUGAACGUUUUUUAUUUCCUUCUGUUGUAUCAUCAUCCAAUGAUGCUUGUAAAUAUAAAUUAUUAUCCCCGCCUGAUGCUGGUGCAUACAAUGCACCUGGCAAAAGUGAAGAUUGUGGUAACAAAGAAGCCCUAGAGCUGCCGUUGCCGCUGCCGCUGCCUUUGCCGUUGCCAUCAUCAGUAGUUACUGGCAAAGAAGUCCCAUCGAUUGAGCACGAAUUUGCCAUGACAACAAAACAAGUUAACAAUAUCCAAGGUUUACCGGACCCAAAUGAAUAUUUUAGUCAAAUACUUAGUGGAAUCAAUAACGUCAUAUCGUCACAAAUGAGAGAAAUGCACCUUAAGUUCGAGAGUCAGUUUCUUAUGAUGCAAUCUGAGGUCCAAAAACGAGAUGCCAUUAUAUCAUGUUUGCAAUGUAAAAUAAAUAAAAUGCAAGUUCAUGAAACUUCUGGAGAAUAUGCUGAUCGAAUUGCAAAUACUCCAAAAAAUCCAAAUGGAGCAAAUAAAACCGCCAAGGGUUCAGAAAGUUCUGGUUCCUCUGGUGAAGUUCUCUUUAUGCGAGGUGAUUCCCUUGAUACAAUAUUCACUGCAUCACCCCCACCUUACUGUGAAUUGGUUCCUUGCAAUUCACCAAGCUCAAGCAGACAACUGCAUGUUGCCAGUUCGGUAAAGCUCAAUCGAAUUAUCCACAAAAAAAGUUCAACGAGAAAGUCGACAGUUCCCAAUGUUAUGGUAUCGAAUUUAACUGGCAAUCUCACACCCCUGUCCAAUAGUAUAGUGCUCGAUAUUGGGGAAAGUUCCAGCUCCAGUUCGAGCACCUCCUCCAGCCGCUCCAAUCUUAAUUAUGACGAAGAAGAAGAAAUCGAAGAACCCGAACGUCUAGUUCAUCACAAUGACUGGGAAGUUCGAAUGCUAGCAGCCGAAAUGGAUCGGCAAGAGAAGAAACGAGGGUUAUCCCAAGAUAACCUAAGUGAACUCAAGCAAUACGGAAGAGUACUGCCGCGUCGGAGAAAACUGAGUGAUACAGAAACAGAAUUCAGCGAAACUGACGUUGAUAAUAUCCAAACACGUCCCAGAGCUGGAAGUUUGGAUCAGUUCAAUCUUCGAUACGGAAUCGGUAGAGGCAUUUUCAAGGCCAUGAGUAUUGAUCGAGGAAAAGAUAAACUUUGAGUCUUUUCGUUGACAUUUGAAUUAUAUUAUCUGAUAAUAUGGCAAGAAUAGGGCUCACUUUUGAACAUGAAAAGUAUAUAAAUACAAUAUACCUCACUUUGUCAUGCAGGUAAAUAGUUCAAAAUACAAACGGUUAAAAAAAUCUAAUAGCUUUAAAAACAAAGAAACCUUUUAACAUUACCUUAUAGGCUCUAGACUAGAUGAUUAGCAAAGAUAUAAAACACAUAAAUAGAUAUAUUAUUAUAUACAAGGACACAAAGUAAAUAAUUAUGUAGGACUAAAGUGCUAGAAGCUAGAGAGUAUCAUCAGUAUCAGUAGAUUGAAGUAGAAUGUGUCAGUCUUGGGGGGAGAGAUUUCAAUGUAGUUUUAAAGUUAAGUUUAAGAUGUAAAAUUUAAAAAAAAACGACAUUUUUUCUAUAAGUAAAAUGGUUUAAGUACUUAAAAAGAUUUUGUAAGAAAAAUAUAAGAAUAUACCAAUAUACUCGUACUUUUGCUAGAUGCGCUUGUGUUAUAGCUUCAACAGUAGUAAAUAAUAAGAAAAUAUCAUCGGUAAUAGUUUUUAAAUUGUGAAUUUUUCCCCCAAGAUGACAUAUUUUACACUGAUGUUUCUCUAAAAUAAACAACAACAAAAUACGGUUAAGUAGAAAUUGUAUAUAGUAGGGAACAUAAAAACGGUGUGACAUGGAGGCUUUUUAGUAGAGAAGUAUUAGAAUUAAGAUUUUCUGAUCUACAUUUCCAUAUUUAUCUUGAUUAAAGUUGAACUCAUUCAAGUACUAUGAAGAAUAAAGUUUUAAUUUCUUUUUGACAGUAUUUUAACCCCACUUUAUUUAAUUCUAGCAAGUUACAACUUAAUCUUUUCAAAGAUCCCUUAAUUCCACUAAUGACAAAAAUUCGAACUAAACAAUAUUAUUUACUUUACAGACGAACAAAUUAUACACUCGCCUCAGUGUGGGCCCUUUUCUGUCAAAUUAAAUCUACUUUUGUAUCUUUUUAUGUAAAGGAUACGCUACAUAAAUCUCGUACCUAAAAUGCCAGGUUAUCUUCUAGUGAAAACGUGGUAUCGGAAAAUUCCUGUUGAGGCAAUACCUCUAAGGGCCAAAUAGCCAUCAUUGAAACCAAUCAUUGGAUUUUUUUUUAAAUAAUGGUUUGAGCAUUCUUUAAAAACUACUGUCAGUGGACAAGAAUUGGAAUCAAGCAUUUAGUUAGAGUUAGGUUAGAGUUGAUCAUUGAAGUAUAACUGACAGGUUGGAAUACAAGAAAAUGGAAUUCUUUUGAUGAAAGGAUUUUGUACAGAAAUGUGAAAUCAACCAUCAGCUGUUGGAAACGAUUUCAUCAUUGAACAAUUAAAUAUGAACUAGAAGAAAUGUCCUGGGUAAAAUAAACUGGGAUGGAAUCGGGUAAGGUAAUAUGUGAUAGGUGACAGUCACAAUCAAUAAAUUUGGUCUGUGUAAGGUGAUAGUCACCGGUGACAAUCACGAUUUGGUGAUUUUUCCUGUUGACAGCUCUUUAGUUGUCACUUUCAUUGGAAAUUGAUUUUUAUUUUUAGUUGCUGAAAUUUCAAGACAAUAUGAAUGUGUUUGUUCCUUUGAUUUUACCUUGUGAAAAUGCUGAAAAUGAAAAUAUUAAUCAUAUUAGAAAUGUCCGGCUCUUAAGGAUUAACUUCCGCAAUAAAAUAAACAUUCUUGAUCUUCCAAGUCCAAAGUAAGUACUCAUAUGUGCUAUAUAUUUGUUCAUAU